AUGGACACCCGAGGAAAAGGACCCCAAUGGGAGGGAGCGCGGACGAGAGAAAAGGGACAACUGACGCCAUCGUCCGCCCCCUGUACGUCAUCGGAUGAAGAUGAUGCCACGCCACCCCGUCUCCUCCGUGUUCCGUCGCCCUGUCCGUCGGCCUCUUCCCCUCCCUCUACUUCUUCCUCUUCCUCCACUUCUUCCUCUUCCUCCACUUCUUCCUCUUCCUCCACUUCCUCUUCUUCCUCCACUUCUUCCUCCACUUCUUCCUCUUCUUCUUCCUCCACUUCUUCCUCCACUUCUUCCUCUUCUUCUUCCUCUUCUUCUUCCUGUUCUUCUUCCUCUUCUGCUUCUUCUGUACCGGUGACAAUUGUGUCAGGGCUUUUGGGUGCUGGCAAGACGACUCUUCUCCGUUCCCUGCUCUCAGGGUCCAUUCCACACAGUCUCCGCAUUCUCGCGGUUCAGAAUGAGUUUUCAGUGGAGGGCGGAGUCGAGGCGCCGUUGCGCGUGGCCUUGGAAGGCCCGCAGGCGCUAGGUUCGGCUUCGGCGUCGAACCCCGCAGGCGCUUCGCCAGGGGAGGCGACACGCGAAACGGCCGAGCCGACUGCAGCAGCGGACGAGUCUCUGCUGCCGGAGACAGUGUAUCAGUUGCCGAACGGGUGCAUUUGUUGCAGCAUAAAAGACGAGUUAAUUCGCACGCUCGAGUCGCUGCUGGCCAAGUACCCGAACACUUUUGACUACAUUGUCGUCGAAGCGAGCGGUGUGGCGACACCCCAGCAGCUCGUCGAGGCCUUUUGGAUCGACGAGCCGCUGCAGGACCAAAUACAUCUGGACGGCCUGGUCACUUUAAUCGACCCGACGAAUGUGCCGGGGAUCGACGAACGCAGCUCGGGCGAGAACACCUCUCCGCUGCUUUGGCCAGAACGCGCCUCUUAUCCCCCCCGCGAGGCGCCGCCUGGCGCGCCGCCCUCAGGCUUUGCCGACGCGUCCUUCUUCCGCGACUUAUGGAUGCAGCAGGUGGUUUGCGCUGACAAACUCAUCGUGACAAAGAGAGACGUUGCGUCGAGCGGCCAACUCGAGACCGCGGUGCGAAUGUUGAAGGCGCUGAAUCCAAUCGCGUCGCUCUCGGCUGCGAAUCUGAAGGCGCACACGAAACUGCAGGACAACGGCCCAGAUCUCCAGGUGACUGACUUCUUGUUUCAGAGGGCGUACGAGACGGGCGCGGCCUCGCGGCAGAUGCGCCGGAGAGAGGCUGCGUGCGGCGCCGAAACCGCGGAGGGAAGCGACCAGAGAGACCAGAAAGAAGGUGAGGCCCGAGCCGCGUGCAGAGGGCCUGCGAAUCCGUGGGGCAUCCAGAGCCACUGUAUUGCGCUGACGGCGGAGAUGCCUUCGCUUCCUGGCGGGGCUGCACAGGCCGAGACGAGCGGAACACCUGGCAGCUCUGCGGCUAGGCACGCGAACAAGACAUACGCUCUCUUGUCUGUGUCGCGUCUUGAGCGGCUUCUCAGCGAGUUGCUUUGGCGCGAAGAGCUUGCGAAAAAGGCUCGCCUUCCCACCGACGCACCGGCUGGAGCCUCGCCCUCGGACGGCUCCGGUGAAGCUGAGCGUCCGCUCCCGGUUGUCUUUCGGUGCAAGGCUCUUUUCGCGGCCUGGGCCGAGGACGGCGCUCCGCAGAGGGGCGAGCUGGCGGUGGGCGACACGGAGACUGUGGGGACAGAGAAAACGGGAGCUCGCGGGGCGGGGGCCGGGUUUGCAUCAACGUGGGGGGUGUUUGAGCUGCAGGGUGUGGGCCGUGUGUUUGAAAUUAACCCCGUGGUGGACCCGAAGUGCCUCACGAGCAUGAACCACCGGAGACAUCGAACGACGGGGCUCGGGAACCAUUGCCACGACCACGCAGGCGCGUGCGCCUGCCCGGGGCACAGUCUCGCCGCUGCGGACGCGGCGGGAGGAGACGAAGUGCAAACCGCCGCGGUUUUGGAGGGAGACACCGCGAGCCAAGGAGGCGGCGACAGGGCGGAGGGUCGGGAAAUCGUCGAGAGCCGGUUUCUCUUUGUGGGGACGGGUCUUGACUCGGCGUGGCUUCGAGAGCGGCUCGAGGAGUGCCUCGAAGACCGGAUGGGUGCGUGA